CGUGGUGUAACAUUGACCGAUGGAACACAGAGACAGAAACCUAACCUCAUCUCUCUGAAGGAGAAAUUAGUCAAAACAACCAUGGUGAUAAAAUAUAUUGGUCGGACACAUACCUUUAAGGGCAAACCACUAUGGGAGAUAUUAGGAAAUUUAAAGAACCAUGGCGUAGGUCGAAUCGUAAUACGAAGUGCUCAACAAAGAUAUCCUGAAGCAUCUUACAUGAGGAUACUGAAAGUUGUUGGGUUACCAGAUACUUCAAAACAUAUACAUGAUCCACGGAAAGUGAUGGUAUUGGUAGAAAAAGUUUUCAGAGGUCAAAAAUCUCCUAUACUAGUACAGAUGGAUGGAGCAACCUAUAAACCAGAUUAUGUGUUGAUUCCCAAGGAUCAAGAGACAAAAUAUACAAAUGAAACUAAAGUACAGGAGCUAAGAAUCAUGCCACAAACAACUGACUUUCCCCCUCUUUUGAAAAAGAUGUUAAUAGAGAAGCAAGGAAAUCCUGAUUUGAAACUAAAACUUGUAUAUAGUACUUUAGGCAUUAAAAGUUAUAGAGUUGCCGAAGAAAAUGAAACUCCUACGGUUGAAAUAAAAGUGGGAUUAGGAAACCCAGUAAGUCCUAGUUUAUACGACAAUAUUAAGCAGAAGGAUGCGUCAUGAAUAUGAUUCAAUAUGUGCAUUGUAUCUUGUAAUUUAAUAAUAAAGAUUAAGUAUUUUUUAA